CUCCAGAAGUUCCAGCAGAAGGCUCUGAAACAAACUAAGCAGAAGAAAUCCAAGUCGGCUGAAUUUCUGAUGGGAGAAAAUGAGGGAGUUGCAACAGAAGGUACUGCAAAUCCAGCUUUUAACAUCAGCAGUAUAAACCUUUCAGCAUAUCAGACUUCAGAGGUGGAUGUUAUUCGAUGUGACAAGAUGGAUAGCACCCUUGUAGCUUGCCAACAAAAAUUCAAGCAGCAAGCCCGAUCUGAACCAAGAGGAAAUGAAUGCAGCAGAAAUUACUUUGACCCUCUGAUGGAUGAGGAAAUAAACCCAAGGCAGUGUGGGAUGGAGGUCAGCAAAGAAGUCCCUGCGGAGCUACAUGAGAGACUUCUCUAUGAGAAACUGAUGACAAUUCUAGAUGAAGAGAGCGGCAUGUUGGCAUCACCUGGCAAACAUGGUGAUGAUGCUUUAGAUUCUGCAUGGCCUAUCAGGUAUAACAAGACCUUUCAUCUUUGUGAGGAAGCUGAAGAAGUUCUGCCUUAUAUUGAGCAGUUUGAGAAGGAUGUUCAAGAUGAGAUCAUUCUCCUUGGCAACUCUCCACCGGAACAGGAUUUAAAACAGAAAGGCAUAUUCCAGUAUACAAAGAAGAUUGGCAGAAGACUUCCCAUGGUAUUGCAAAGCAAGCAAGAAAGUCAGGCACUGAAAGCAGCACGAAUAGCCUGUCAAGAGAGGACUGAAACCAAGUUGAGUAACCUUGCAGGAGAGAAUAAUGAUGCAAAUGAAGGAACGGCUCCUGGUUGGAAGAUCAACUGGUCUACAAAACCUCAACCCAUUCAAAUCCAACUUAAAUGUAUUAGAGGUAUUAAAGACAAAGUGCCACAAGGUAGCUACAUUCUCAAGGUUUCCCUUCGAGGACAAGUUGGUGGUGAACUACUUUCCUGGUCCAAAGUGGAAGGUCAGCAGUGGGCUGGUACCUCACUACCAGUCAGACAUAAUGGCAAUUUUUACGAUGUGGAGAUCUGUUUCGACCAAAGCAUUCACACAGAAGUUCCACCUAGAAAGUAUGAGAAGCCUAAAGAGAUACUUUUGUUUGAGCUCUUUCUUCUUCGUGGGACCAGGACUUGCAUUGACCGAGUUGUGGGCUGGGGAGUUUUUCCUUUAUAUAAUAAUAAUUUCGACACAGUGAAUGGCAAGUUUAAAUGUCCUCUUCUCAGAGGUCACUACAACUGUAAAAUCGAUAGAUUCCAAGAAAUUGAAAAUUUGAUUACUUCAGACUUGGAUCAUUGGCUGUGCAACCUCUAUUUUCAGAUAAUUAAACUACCACGGUAUUCAGAUGAACAGAAUGAAUAUGAGGCAGGCCUACAACCCUCUUCAAAUCUCCUUGUUUGCUCAAGUAUUGCUCAGAAGAAUGGUGUUUCAAAGACAGAAGUAACAGGUGGACUACAAGAAGAUGAACUGAAUAAUUUGUGCCUGCAACCAUGUCAUUCAAAACCUUCUGUUGCCCCACUGCAAGGAAACAAGUCUUAUGCAAACAACUCUGGCUAUCCUGACAAGUAUUGUAAUAUGCUCCCAGUGAAGGAAAUCCAUGGCAGACACUGCAAAUUGAAUCAGAAUGAUUCACAGAAUGUGCAUAGCCAAAGAAGUCCUGGAACCUGGCAAGAUGCAGGUGAAACAGUUUUACAUCGUCCAACUUAUCUAGAAGAGUUGGAGAAGCACAGAAUCUCUGUAUGCUGCCAUCCUGCUGUUGAAUUAAGAACAUCUUCCCGACUCACCAAUCACUUAUACUUUGGGGUAUAUGCAGUAUUUUCAGAACUUGGAAAGGGACACUGGUACUCCCGGGAUUUCUGGUUUCUUAUGCUGCUGGUGGCUGUGCUCUGGUUUGUCCGCCUGUACCUACAUUAUUGUAGUCAGUGGAUCUUCCUUCAAGCUAUUGCCAUUCCUGUCACAAGAUUCCAGUUCUGUCUUUAUACUGUGGAUUUGUGCUAUCAGAAUUCUUUGCUACAUACUCAUGAAGAACUGGCCAUGGUUAUGGUGGGACCUUUGACCUUAAACGCAGUGAUGCUUCUUCUGGUUCUGAUGAGAUGGGGCUGUCAGCUGUCAUUUGGCUCUUUUCCGUCAUUCUUGUCAAAACUGAUCAUGGCUUGGGGACUCUGGACAGUGCUCGACCCUUUGGCAGUGUUUAUAGUAGAUGCAGCCCUGGGGAGACUUCAUUACACUGCAGAUAAACCAACUGCUGACUCAACCAAGCUAUACUGGCUCUUCUUACGUAUAGAAGGAUCGGGUUUUCCUGGUGCACUAAUAACCAUAUUGCUUUAUACAAUACUUUUCAUAAUAUCAUUUAUGCUGUUGUACCUGUAUUUUGUGAGGAUACACAAGGAAGGCUCAUUAUUAGAUAUGCUCGAAAGGAUCCAAAGUGAUGAAGCCACUUUCUUUGUUCCAUUUGAUCUGGAAAUCUCUAACCAAGAGCUGAGCUACAUUGUGAAAAAAGCUGAACAAUGGAGAGGAAUCAAUGGUGAAAGACGAAAGGUGGUGGUCUAUGACUAUAUGUGGAAAAACCAUGCCAAGCAGCCUGGAAUGUCCAGCAGCAACUUCAAUAAUCAAGAUGAAAUAAUGCAAUCUUCAGGAGACUCUGAAGGCACCACUGUUCAUAUCAUGAUAUACACAGUUCAUCUUGGAGGCUACCAAGAACUCUACAGACAUUUUCUGAGAAUGCCCACUGGCGCUCUUGUUGAGACUUUCGGUGACAUUAGUGGAAUAAAUUUGGUAUAUAAUGAAGUGAACACAGCUAUUCAGGAGCACAUAAGUGAAAUGGAUAAUACGCUGAGCACUUCUUCAGAGAUCAAGCUAAGGGAAAGGAAGAAGAAUACAGCAAGGUGGAAAGGUGAUCAUGCUGUCGCCCCAAAGAGUUGGUGGACUAAAAAGUAUAAUUUGCAAUGAUGAUCUUCAGUACAGUUCAAAAAGGAAUUAACUCUGUUUAUGUAUUGAGUAUAUUAUUUAUUUAUUAUUUAUUUACAGUAUUUAUAUUCCGCCCUUCUCACCCCGAAGGGGACUUAGGGCGGAUCACAUUACACAUAUAAGGCAAACAUUCAAUGCCUUGACAUAGAACAAAGACAAACACAAGAAGUAUAUUAUACUUCUUACAGCUUACAAGGGGAUUUGCUUUAAAUGCUAGAUGUUAAAACCCAUGUUGAUCAAACAUUGAUCUUUAUCUUUGGAUUGCAAACCAAUUGAUGAAUAAAUCAGAAGAUAUUGCAUUCAUACUUGGUAGUAAGUCAGAAGGUGAACACAAUAUAAAUGCAUUUAUUUGCCUAAUGCCCAAUGUUUUGUGGCAUUCUGUUUUAACUAACUUCUUGUUUUAAACUGUUGGUGUUGCACUGUUGGCAGAUUUAAGUCACAAUUUGUUAGCUGUGUAAAUAAAAAUGUAGUGUAGUGUAGUGCUGACUACUGAAUUGUUUUACCUGUCGUUUUAAGGUUGAUUGUAUUUCAUAGGCAUGUAAACUGCCUUAAGAAGCUAACCUGGAAAUCGUUCAAACAAGCAAGCAAAUGAAUAAUUGUGAACUUUCUGUCUCAGAAUUAGUUGUACAUUGGUUCAUAGUCCCACAAGAUGUAUUUCAGUCUUUACCCAGGAUUUUCCACAAAGUGGAGACUGUGUAACCCCUAAACACAUCAUAGCGUGAGUUGUACAAAUGAAUAUCUUGUUUCUAGUGUUACUACUGUUACCACUAGUAAAGUUCCAGAUUAUUCUAUUUUCCAUUCAUCUAUCAUAUAAACAUGUUGAAUGAACAUAUGGGGAAAGGAAGGGUUGAAGGCCCAACUAUUAAGUCUACCACUUUCCCACCUCCAGCAUGCAGAGAUAGACUCCUCAAACUGGAGUAACUAUUAAUGUAGAAAUCUGAUUUUCCAGGUUUUCGACUGGGAAAGAAAACCCACAUGGAUAUUGGAGAUUCUAAUCAGUUUUGGUGACCUCCACAUGUAGAGGGAGAUAUCAUUAGGAGUUGAGGGAGCAGGACUAGCAUGCUAACAAUGCCUUACAGAUAAUAAUUCUGUGAUCCAAAACUGAAUGGGAAAAAUAUGUUGGCCACCCUCGACUGAGAGAAACCAAUUAUCUUCUUGGAUGGGUUCAGUUGUGCUCCAGUGUGAUAGAAUGGCACAAGGUUUCAUCCUCUGGGACGAGUAGCAAAAGGCAGAUUCCAUUGAGUUUCUCAGUCCUAGUAUCUAUUAUUCCUGACAGAUAUGGAGAAACUGAAGCCAAACUCCCAAAUGGCUAAAAUCUCUGUUUUAUAGCUUAGUUGGCACAGUAAGGCACUAGCCACAAAAUGUGUUAUGGACACUGAGGUUGUUGAGAUUUUGAAAUUCAAAUAUUUCUGUCUAAACUGACUGUCAUUGAAAAUCCUAAAGCAUCAGGCAAGUGCUCCCAAAUCCUUCUCUACAGAACAGGGUUUUUCGUGCUAAACAUUUUUCAUGUGUUUUCCACUCAAUAGAACAAUCUAUAACAACAACAAAAAAUAUCUGGAAGGAACUGAAAACAGAAAUAUCAGGCCAAGUUGCCCCUUUUGAGAGAAGCAAGGAUGGGAACCAGUUAGAGCAUUAAGAUUUGCUGGGGAGGCUCUACUCUUGGUCCCACCCACUUCGUAAGUGUGACUGAUGGGUAUGAGAGACAGGGCCUUCUCAGUGGUGGCCCCUCGGCUAUGGAACUCCCUACCCAGUAACAUCAGACUUGCCCCCUCCCUCCUGAUCUUCAGGAAGAAGCUAUAGACCUUGCUUUGGAACCAGACUUUUGGGGAGUAGUGCCAUUGGGAAUUUGACUUUAAUGUAGUGGCACAAGCAGCAACUACAGGACUAGGAACUAUGUUUUAAUUCUGUUUUAAUUGUAUUUAUUUGUUUUAUCUGUUUUUAUUGCUCAAUGUGUUGUGUUUGUGUAUUUGUAAUGAGGUACUGAAUUUUGCCAUAACUGUAAGCUGCUCUGAGUCCCCUUCAGGAUGAGAAGAGCGGGGUAGAAAUAUAGUAAAUAAAUAAAUAAAUGUAAUCUUUCCAAGGAACUGGUGUAAGAAUUUUUCUGCAAAAGCAGCCUUUCUAUUUGGUAUGCUUCAAAAAAGGACAUGUUUAAACUCCAAGUAACAAACUUGAGAGGUUUUAAUACAUUUGAUAAAGCAGUUAUGUCCUAAAUCUGAGGCGGUAUUUUGCUUUUCCACAUCUCUCCUCGUAGCUUUUGGGGAAAAGUUAUUUGUAAAUAAACAUUAAAGAGGUUUUCCAGGGCAAGAUUGCUAUAACAUUUCAGAAGGAUAGGUGUGAGGACUACAGAACAACAGGACAACAGUGAAUGAGGACAACAAUGAAGCAUGAUAGAAUUGGAAAAAUGCCUAUCUUAUGGUCCCUGAAAGAAAGAUGGGGACUCUCUAAUUUCACCUGAGAAAAAAUAUAAACAGUUAAGGAAAGUCACAACACAGUGGUACGGCCCCAUAGCCUCUUGAAAAACUAAUUCAAAAGAUUUCACACUCUCCAUCAAUCCACAUUUUAGAUUUGUCACUUUAAAUAAUUGAGAGGAAGGGAACUGGAAUGAGUGUUAGCAAAAUUAAAAAUCUUUUCCCAAAAUACUGAAUUUGGCAACGGCCUUAGACCUCACUUUUGGAUGUUGUGUUUUUAACAUUGAAACGUAUUUUAAUUAUCGUAUAUACUCGAGUAUAAGCCAACCCGAAUAUAAGCCGAGGCACCUAAUUUUACCACAAAAAAACUGGGAAAACAUUGACUCAAGUAUAAGCCGAGAGUGGUAAAUUUCAGAAAUAAAAAUAGAUACCAAUAAAAUUACAUUAAUUGAGGCAUGAGUAGGUUAAAUGUUUUUGAAUAUUUACAUAAAGCUCAAAUUUAAGAUAAGACUGUCCAACUCUGAUUAAAUAAUUAUUCUCAUCUUCUUCAAUGUAAAUGCCUUUAUGUAUCAUUUUAAUAAUAAUAGAGUAAAAUAAUACAUGUAAUAAUAAUAAUAAUAAAUAGAGUAAAAUAAUAAAUGUAAUAAUAAAUAGAGUAAAAUAAUAAAUGUAAUAAUAAUAAUAAUAAGAUCAGAGUAAAAUAAUAAAUGUAUUAAUAAUAAUAAAAAAUAGAGUAAAAUAAAUGUAAUAGUAGCAACAAUAAUAGAGAACAAUAAUAAAUGUAAUAAUACCGAUAAUAAUAGGGGAAAAUAAUACAUUUACCAUAUAUUCUCGAGUAUAAGCUGACCCAAAUAUAAGCCAACCAGGACCCUCACCCGAGUAUAAGCCAAGGGGGGCUUUUUCAGUCUUUAAAAAAGGGCUGAAAAACUAGGCUUAUACUUGAGUAUAUACAGUAUGCUAUUUUGUAUGUAUUAAUUCUAACCCAAUUUUAUCUCAUGUUUAUGUUAUGUUCUAAGGCACUGUAUAAGUGUUGUAAGCUGCCUUGGGUAUCCUUUGAGGUAGAGAAAGGUGGGAUAUAAAUAAGGUAAAACAAACAAACAAACAAAUAAAUAACUGGUGUUCCAUGAUAAAAAGGUGAACUUAAUCAGCCACACCUUUUCUCACAUGGGGCUGAAAUCUGUAGCCAAGGUCACCCAUGGAGUCUGCUGGCUCCCAUCAGACAACACCAGUGUGGCUACAUGGGUGAAGGAGGGUGAAGCCGAUGCAUGCCGUUGCCAUUGGAAUCCAUGGGAAGAGGCUGCAUGCUCCACACUUCUCCCUAUCUGAUCACCCUCAGCUAGAGCCAGGGGCUGUGGGAUGUGGGGUGCUAGGUUCCCAUGCCCCUCGAUGAAGAGGAGCACCUCCGGCUGCCAUGUGACAAGGUUGCUAGUCACUCUUGGGCAAGUCAUAGCGAUGAAAGGGAUGUUCUGUACCAUUCCAAGUCUGAAUUCUACAAAAAUCUUUAGCUAGGAGCCGGUGUCAACUUUGAUGGGUUUGGGAGUAAAGCCUCACAAAGUAUCAGAACCCAACCAGCUCAGAUUUUAGGAUCCAUCUAAAUCAGUGGCAAAUCCCUAUAUCAAGGUUCCAUUUUCAAAAUCUAAUCCUUGCUUUCCCCUGUGCAUUCCUAUUGUUGAUGAAAAUCUUAAAAGAAUGUCGUAUUGAAGAUGGGACAAGAUUGUUUUCCACUGCUCCAGAGACUAGGACAUGGAGCAAUGGAUUCAAACAAUAAGAAAGGAGAUUCCACCUAAAUAUUAGGAAAAGCGCCCAAACAGUAAGUUAUUUGACAGUGGAAUAUACUACUUUGAUGUGUGAAGGUUUUUAAAUGGAAGCUGAAUGGCUAUCUGUAGGGAGUGCUUUGGAGGAGGUUAGACACGAUGGUACUUGUGGCCUCUUCCUGCUUUAUGAUUCUAUACAUUAUAAACCACCUUUAAAGCUUCUGCUUUCUCAGAAGCUUAAAAAUCUUAAGUCUACCUCCUGUGAUUUUAAUGUAGAUUUAUUUCUGUAUUAUUGUUUGCUAAAUCCCAUUGGUUUCAUAGAUAAGAGAUAUAUGCAAUAGAAUUUGGCUCAACCUGUACAGAUUGCAUUAGUGUCUACAGUUAUUAGUGACUUCAUCCAUAUCUCUUUGUUAUACUCACAUAGUAAUUGCUUGCCUGUGGUGGCAUUCCUCCUGUAUAACAGGAUAUAUGCAGUCAUUACUGAAAAGUGUAAAUAAGGAGCUCUUUUAGUGGCAUAGUAUCCCUAGGUACCCACUGUGUUCUUAUUAUGUACAGCGUACUCCCAUAUCUGUAGUUCUAGUCUAUUAUAGGAUAAAGACAUGUGUAUGAAUUAAAAAUUAAAAAGCUUGUUGUAGACUGGAGAGCAAGGUCUAUUAAAAUAUAUCCAAGAGAAAAACUCCCACUGCACAUAGAUGGAUUGCGGUGAGUACCAGUUAAAACAAGCAGAUGAAAAAUUGGAGAUUUUCAUCAUUCGGUUAAAUAUAGUGCUAAGUGGUAUAUGCUAGCAUUAAAAGCAAAUUACCUCCCACUUCACCAGUCACAGCAUGGGUGCUUUCUAUUGGAAACCGUAUUUUCAGGAAUGCUAAAGCAUUGUCAGUAUUAAAUAAAUCAGCCAGUAACUCAGGGAAAGACAUCUGAAGAAGGAGCAUGGGUGAAGAAAAGCUCAUUCUGCUCUGGUUGUGACUACUAAAUAGAUUUUGGCCUCUGUUCUUCCUUAAAUUUCUAAACAAUUGACAUUUAGAUAGUGUUCUAGGGAAAACAGCAUUUUGUGGAAGCUUGUGAGAAGUUCCUCCUUCAGGAGAGUAGUUAUAAUAAGUAACCAGCUUUGAACAGAUUGCUAUGCUGUGAAUUUUUACUCAGAAUGUGGAUCCAGAGAAGAGUCUUGUGGUGUUGAAUAUGGAGACCAAGGACUUUAUUACAAACUGGCAUUGCAUCCCUAUCACAUGAUACUGUUCAUCUGCCUCCUCCCCAUGAUUAUUCCAGCUCUCACUACUGAUGGAUAAAACCAGUCAACAGCUCCCAAUCCCACAAUAUUUCCAUUAUCUGUCUUGGUGCAAUGGAUUCCUUCUGAUUCGGUACCAGCAUAUCAGCAGUAAAGAAAUGUCAGGGGAGAGUAUUCUUCUCUGUUCCCAUUUCUCCAUCACCCACUCACUUAUCUCAAAGCUGUUUGUUGUGUACUUAUAUUACAUUGUAUAGUUAUAUUUGCCUGUUUAGUUUUUCAAAGAUGGAAUUGUGAAAUUACUCUUUUAAAAAAAAACAGAACAGUGGUAGUACAGGAAUGUGGGACUAUGAACAUAUGUGAAAUUAUAAUUGCAGGACAUGAGUCCCCCUGGGGAAAUGAUGAUGAUGAUGAUGAUGAUGAUUAUUAUUAUUAUUAUUAAUAGUCAAAUUGUCACUAUUGCUUAGUUUAAGAGAGAUGUGGCAUGAAUGCAUUCAAUAUUAUUGUACAAUUGCAAUGGAACAGCAGGUCUACGGAAUAAAGUCCCAAGUCUAAGACUUGGUAACCACCAUGAUCAGCAACAGUCACAGAAACUAUUGCCAUUGAUUUGAUUUUAAAGCUCUCAUGUUCAAAGCAACCAAUUCACGGUAUCAGCACUGAGAGGAAGGGUGGCUAUAUUCCAAACACAUUCCCAGUUUGACUAGUAUUGUAGUGAAGACCACCUGUGCCCUAAACAAAGAGACCCUUCUCCUAUGUUACCUCCCAUUAUUCACCCCCUGGAAUUGGAAAGUGAAUACUGGCAUGUAGCAUAAUGGCUGGUAGAAUGAUUCACCCAGCAGAAUUCAUGCAGUUUGAGAUCACUUUAACUGUUAUGGCUCAAUGUUCUGUAAUUCUGGCAAACUACAAAUCCCAGGAUUCUGGAAGAUGGAGUCAUGGCAACGUAGUGUCAAACUACUAUACAGUGUUCCCUCACUACUUCGCAGUUCGCUUUUUAUGGAUUCACUGUUUUGCGAUUUUUCAAUAAACUCUAAAAGAAUAUUAUAAAUCAUAAAAAUCACAAUUUACAUCCUAAGGAAGGGAGGAAGGAGAAGCCAAAGGGAGAGAAAAGGAGCCCAAGUGGCAACGGGAGGAGAAGGAGGCGAUUUAUCAACACACGAUUGGUUGAUAAAGAUGUAAAAUAGUGUAUAACUACUAAAAUAAUGUAUAAAUAUAUAGUGUCCCUACUUUGUAAAUUUUCACUUAUUGCAGGUGGUCCUGGAACCUGACCCCCACGAUAAGUGAGGGAACACUGUACUUCAAUAAUGUGGGUGGUCUCUGAGAUACAGAAGAGUUAGAUUGCCUGGAAUGUAUGACUUCAGAUAGUGGUGGCCUCUCCAGGUCUGAGGAGCUGAAGAUAAGGGAGGUGCACUCGUCAGCAGGAUGUGGAAGAUGCUGAGAACUCACCUUAAGCCCUUGAAGAAAUAAGGAAAGGCUGCACAAAUUCCAACAUCUAUUAAAUUGGACUCAUGAAACACUCAGUGUCCUGAGAUAGCUGCCAAUAAACCUUACAGUGAAUCCAAGGCAUCUUUGUUGCCUGCCAAGGUCAGUAUUCUCAUCCGUCACAUGCUCUUGACUGGCUAGGACUGAUGAUUCAAUGCUUUAUUAUUUACUAACUUUUUAAUCUGAAUUUCCAUAAUAAUGCCUGGACCAGUCUCUUGUUUCUCCUUUCAUUUGUCUGGAUAGCCUGCGAUUGAUCUGGACUUGAUGAACUACCCAACAGCUCUUGCCUUGGAACCAUUAUCACUUGCUGACUGGAGUAUACAAGUCCUGGAUCCUGUAGGAAAUCCAAUUUAUAUCAUACUAGCUUGGGAGCCCGGCGGUGCCCGGGUUAUUUGAGAACGGAAUUGUUUGCCUUUGUUCCAAGUUUAGUCUCGAUCCAGUGUCAGUUGGCUUUAGUUGGUAUGGGUGAACUACAACUCCCAUAUGCAAGUCCAUGGUCGAUCCCCCUCCAAACAGCUCCGGGAUGUAAAGCAGGUCAUGGGGACUUGAUGUGUCAAGUUUGGUCUUGAUCAGACAUUGGUGGGGGUCGCAGUGGUCUGGGGAAGUGAGUGAAGAUACUGUCAAUCCCAUCAUCCAUGGUCUGUUGUUCCCUCAAAUGAUAGGAGGAUGUAAAGUGGGCCACAUUGCACCUAUAUGUCAAGUUUGGUACAGUUUCAUCAUUCAUGGGGAUCACAGUGGUCUGUGGGAGGUGAAUUGGAUGAAAGUACUGCAACUCCCAUCGUCCUUGGUCUGUCUUCCCCCAAACUGCUGCAACAUAUAAAGUGUGUCAUUUGGGAUAUAUAUACCAGAUUUGGUUCAGUUCUGUCAUUUGUAGCAGUUGCUGUGGUCUCAAGAAGAGAGUGAAGGUACUACAUGUCCCAUCUGUGUGCCAAGUUUGGUCCAGUUCCGUCACUGGUGGGCAUCGCAGUGGCCUGUGGGAAUCGUAGUGAUUGAAAGUACUACAUAUCCCAUCACCCAUGGUCCAUCAUCCCGCAAACGGCACCAGGCCAUAAAGCGCAUCAUGGGGUAGGCUGUCUGGAAUUGUGGGAGUUGGAGUCUAAAACACCUGGAGGGCCCAAGUUGGCCCGUGCCUGGUUUAAAGGCUUCCAUAGAAUCCUAGAGUUAGAAGGGGUGCCCAAAGGCCAUCUAGUUGAACCCCCUUCUGCCAUAGAGAAAGACACCAUCCAAGCCCUCCCGACAGAUGGCCAUCCAGUCAUAAAUGCGAUUGGGAGAUAGAGAGAGUCCUAGAUUUGAAAGGGGUCUUUGAAGGUCAUCCAGUCCAGCCCCUUCUGCUGUAAAGGAAGACACCAUCCAAGCCCUCCUGACAGAUGGCCAUCCAGUCAUACAUACGAUUGGGAGAUAGAUAGAGUCCUAGAUUUGAAAGGGGUCUUUGAAGGUCAUCCAGUCCAGCCCCUUCUGCCACAAAGGAAGAGACCAUUCAAGCCCUCCCGACAGAAGGUCAUUCCAACCAUACAUACCAUUGAGACAUUUAUUUAUUUAUGUAUUUAUUUAAUUCUGAUAUUUCUCCCCCGCCUUUCUGCAAUGGACCCAAAGUGGCUUGCAAGGUCAUUAAGCCACGUGCAAACAUCCACCAUAUAAAUAAAACAUAAAAGUAAUGUCAAGCAAUAGUAGUAUAAAUAAGAAAUAGCAGGGUUCAGUGGGGCAGGUGAACUACAACUCCCAUAUGCAAGUCCAUCAUCCAUGGUCCAUCCCACUCCAAACAGGGCCCGGAUGUAUAGUAGGCCAUGGGGACUGUAUGUGUCAGGCCUGUUAGAGUGAGUAGGCCAAAGCCUGCUCUGUGGUAGUUUUUUGCCUCAGUAAAAACUGGGGGGGGGGGGGAGUAAACGAUCCUUAAAAGGAAAGAAUAAAAAGAUAGUCAUUAUUUUCUCUUUAGUCUGCUGUGAAUAGUAUUUACGUACUGCCGCCUUACCUUGUUGAAGGAGAGUGCUGUAUCCAAAAGACACAGGCAAAAGCUGCUCUGUUUGGAACCAUGGGGAACAGGGAAGAUGGCUGCCUCUUUUGCGGCCUAGCACAAUGGAGCCAGGCUGCAAGGCCUGAAACGUGUUAGCAAAAUGAUCAAAGGAGGCUUGGAUUGGGGCUUUGGGGGCUAGAAGUGUUCAUAAGCAUAUCGUUAAAAAGAUAAUAACAAUGUUCUCUGCUGUCUUUUGAGGCAAGUAGGGCCUUACAAAGAAGUUGAAAGCUGAGGCAAGAUGGCGUCUUCCUUUUCGGCCUAGCAGCGAGGGGCCAGCCUGGAAGGCCUUAAACAUGUCAGCAGAGGGGCCAAAGGGGGCCAUCCGUUGUCAGUGGGUUCAUGGGGUGAUGUGUGUCAAGUUUGGUCCAGGUCCGGCCUUUCUGGUGGUGGCAGUGGUGUUUUGGAUUACCAAAGUGUAAGCCGAGCCUGUUAACUGUCCCAAAGCUAGCAUCGUUCUGAGGAGAGAAGUAGGCCGAACGAAGCCAGUUGGUAGUAGUUUUUCCCUCAGUGAUCCCAGUGGCCUGUGAAAGUGACGGCCAAUCAGAGCUGGCCCAUAUUCCGGCUGGCCAAUUAGAAAGCUGAUCCAUAUUCUGCGAGGCCAAUCAAAACGCGAGCACAUAUUCCGCCAGGCCAAUCAAAACGCUGAUACAUACUCCGAUUUCACUUUUAUUAUAUAUAUAUAGAUAUAGAUAUAGAUGCAGAGGUUUUGUGGCCAUUAUGCAGAAAUUGCUAGAUAUCAAUACUGAUGGACAGGAUUUGCAACAAAAUCAUGCAGUGUAGACUGCUUCUAUCUAGAAUGUCAGCAAACCAUUUCAUCUUGCUUGAUAGGAUACUCUAAUUGCAGUCCCUUCCCUGCAACACAUGUUUAGAAGAUUUUCCAUCUCAGUGAUCUGUUUUGAUGCUCAACUUGAGACUUCAGAGAUUCCUAAUGUGUUGAUUUGUUGUUGUUGUUGUUGUUGUUGUUGUUGUUGUUGGCAGACUGAGGCUCCCCCUUUUUCUUAGUGGUGGUACUUUAAAGACAGAAGGGCAUAUACUUGUUAAUGAUAUAUGGAUUGUGGAAGACAGAAAGCCUACAACAUUCUAGUUUAUGAAAUGAUGUCGGAGCAGGAACACUUGUUCAAUUUUCAUUUUCAUUUUCAAAAUAGGAUGUAACAUUGUCAUUUUUUUCUGAUGCUUUUUGUCCCAUUAUGCCAAUCCUGUGACGUACACUAAUAGAAAAUAAUGACACAAGGCUGACUUAACUGGACAUAAUAGGAUACCUUAAAAUGUUGUUCAGUAGGAAUGCACAUAAACCUGGCUACUUGUUAAGGAAACAUUUGAUGUCUCUUUUCUGCAUUGUCUUAACUACCAUUGUAUGCAUUCAACGGCUUCUUCUGUAGUGAAGUUGAUAGAUAUAUUCUACCCAUCUUCUACAUGAGCUAAGAAAGAGCACUAUCUAUUUGAGAGAUAGCAAAGGAAAAUACCUGGGGAAAAAAAGAAAUAUUUGACCUGCAUGUAGGCAGAAAGCCUAUAUAAACAUCUUCAAAUUAAUCCCAAACUAAUGCUGUGAGUUUAUAUUAGGGAUAUCAUAUUUUAUUUAUUUUGUUCUUACCACACUAGGAUGCAGAAUUUAAAACAUAUAUAUCUGAAUAAUAUGGCAAGAUUUUGUUUUGUAUUUUUGGUGAUCCUCCCCACACACACACACACACACACACACACACACAUUUCUGGAUUUUUUUUUGUACAAAAUAGAUGGCAGUUACAAUUCAGUAAUUUUUAAAGAAAACAAUUCUUUUCUGAAGAGUUUGGCAUGAAAAUUCAUGUUGUUCAGAAAAAAAUGCCUUGUGCAAAAAAACACUCCAGAAAUGAUGAGUUCUGCACAAAAAAUAGGGUUUUUUGUUUUGUAUUAGUAUGAAUUUUAUAUGUUGCACGCCGCUUUGAAUCCCACCCACGGGAAAAAGUGGGAUAUAAAUGAAUUCAUCAUCAUCAUCAUCAUAAUGUAAGCCAGAUAAAACACUCUUUGUUGUAAUAUCUUAGACCUGGACAUACAGCAAUUUAUAUAGGCAGAAAAAUAAGGCAGAAGAAUAAAAAUAGAGAGAGGUUAGCUAUGUAUGUUCAUUAAGAGAUUGUCUUCUUGUUCCUGUAUAAAAAAAAAUAUGCAAUAUACUUCUGUUGUCAUUUUCUUGGUGAACAUUUAUUUGCUCAGCUUUGGACUCUUCAAUAUAAGAUGAUGUUCUUGUGACCUUCCUCCUGCUUUGAGGUUAAUUAACCCUGAAAAAGUACUAAUUUGUAUCUACUACUGUGCAAUUACAUAUGCUUAACAGGCAGUGCAUUCUUAGAACUGUGCUGGAGUUCACUGAAGUCAGAGAUCUUUGACAUUUCCAAAGCCCUGUGAACAAUGGAAGGGUAAUCAUUCAAACUAGCUGCAGGAAACAUACAUGAAUACAGAAAGUCAAAUAAGAUCAUCACCAUUUCUUUCUUAGGAUGACUGCCUACUCUCCCUUCCAAUAAGGCACAAUUAUCAAUAAGUUCUAUGUUCACUCAGUUUCUUCACUGAUUCUAUCAUGAAGGAAGGACCUUCAUCUUUGAUGCAUUGUUCCUUGGGAACAGACAUCAAACAUGUCACAUUUUUACCUGCCCACCUAUCCAAUUGUAUUCUUAUCAGGUGUAACAGUAGCUGGCAUGAUGAAAAAUAUGAUUCAGGCAUGAUAACUAUUGUGAAAAUCCAAUGAGUUAUAAAAUGGCUUUGACCCAUAUUUGCUUAAUUCCUACUUCGUGCUUCACUACCAGAAACAUCUGGCCUUUGGAGUUCCACUAAUGGAAUCAUCUCACUAGUGGAAGGAGAAGAUGUAAUCUUAACCAGUUCCCACUUCACUUUGCAUUUUCUUGUGCUCAAUGAAAACCUGUUGUAGAGAGGAGGUGGCUGUUGUUUAUUCGUUCAGUCGCUUCCAACUCUUUGUGACCUCAUGGACCAGCCCACACCAGAGCUCCCUGUCGGCCGUCACCACCCCCAACUCCUUCAAGGUCAAGCCAGUCCUUUCAAGGAUACUAUCCAUCCAUCUUGCCCUUGGUUGGCCCCUCUUCCCUUUUCCUUCCAUUUUCCCCAGCAUCAUUAUCUUCUCCAAGCUCUCCUGUCUUCUCAUUAUGUGGCCAAUGUACUUCAUCUUUGCCUCUAAUAUCCUUCCCUCCAGUGAGCAGUUGGGCAUUACUUCCUGGAGUAUGGACUGCUUGGAUCUUCUUGUGGUCCAAGGCAAUCUCAGGAUUUUCCUCCAACACCACAGUUCAAAAGCAUCUAUCUUCCUUCGCUCAGCCUUCCUUAUGGUCCAGCUCUCAUAUCCAUAGUUUACUACAGAGAAUACCAUUGCUUUAACUAUGGUUGCCAGUUUGAUGUCUCUACUGUUCACUAUUUUAUUGAGGUUGGUCAUUGCUCUCCUCCCAAGAAGUAAUCAUCUUCUGAUUUCCUGGCUGCAGUCUGUGUCUGCAGUAAUCUUUGCCCGUAGAAACAUAAAGCCUGUCACUGCCUCCACGUUUUCUUCCUCUAUUUGCCAGUAAUCAAUCAUCCUUUCACUUAAAUUCAGAAACUUUAAAAUUCAGUUUUCCUAGUGUCCACCUUGACUUGCACAAUUUACCCAAAUUAUGCAAGUUUUCCCCUUGACUAAGUAAAUCUGCUGCCCAGAGAGAAGGUGGAAUCAGUGCAAUUUGCUUUCACUUUUUAAGACAAGUAUCAGAUAGCAAUGAUCUCUUAAGCUCUUAUGAACUGGUAAGGCAGGUGCUGAACAACUAGUCCCAUGCCUGCUCACCUUCCCACCAAAGUUCUUGCAAAAAAAGAGAAACAACCUUAGUCUUCUUAACAAAUUAUAUAAAAAAUAGUUUUAUUUACAAUACUUGUGCAGAGCCAAACAUGGAAUCUAAGCAUGGCUUAGCCCUUGUUCCAAUUUGCUGAUUUCUCUAAAUACACAGGAAGCUUACAUUGUAGAAAUAUGAUUAAUGACAUGAGUAAUCCCCACUUACAAGUAAAUAAUGUAGACCGAUAGUUUCAUUAAGGAACCAACAUGGGGUCAUUAGAAUGUUUUGGUCUCUGCCCCUGAUCAUACAGAAAAUAUCAUUCUCCAAGCCACCAUUGUGAAGGGGCGAUAAAAUAUCGCAAGUAGACUCACAUUAAGCUGGAUAAUAUGCAGGCUGCUUGAUUUGUAUUGAAUAUGUGUCUGGUGGCUGAAACCCACUGUAAUGAACUUGCCCACAAAUCACAGCUUAAUGGGAAUCUACUUAUACAUAUUGCUUAAUUAAAAGUUGUGAGCUUAUUAACAUGUGUCUUUGGCACUGAACUUUGGGGAUGUAAUCUCUGUGCAAAUAAGACUAGGUUGUAAAAGUUUUAUAGAUUGACAAUGAUAUUAAAUUCCACACCCUAAUAAGCCAUUAUUUUCCCAAAGAACGGUUCAAAUGCUAUACAUGUACACUGGUCUCAGAUAUUGCUUGGCUAGUUUCUUUAGCAUAUCAGGCCCACUGCUGUGUAAGGAAGUAGCAUCAACAUAUUCCUGGUCUGGCCGUGGGGUUUUUUCUUCUUCAAGAUACUAAAUUUUCUCAGUCACUCGCCUUACAGUGCUUGCUAUAACUGUUACAGCACAAUCACACAGUAAUAUCCUAUAAUACCACUGAUUAGCAUUUCCAUAGGCCAUUGUCUGCCUAGGCUUAUAAAGUGGCUGUAAAAAAGAUCAAUAUAUGCAUUUUUAAACUGUUGCUACUUUUAAUUACUGAUAUUAAACAAACAGUAAAAGUAAUGUCAGGUACAUUUGGGAAUGGUUGUUUUCAGUUGAUUUUUUUCCCAAAUAGUAUUUUAUGUCAAGUUUGUUUUGAUAUUUGUGUAUGUGGGUAGGUGGGGAUUAACAAUUGUAACAUUAGAUAAUUUUAGUUCCUUAAUUAUUUUAUUGGUUUUCCUUCUUUGGAUGGUAAUUGGAAGUCCUGAACCAUCGGCAUUCUGCUCCAUUUCCUGACGGAAGCCUUAGGUUUUUGCCCCAACCUAUUUUCCAGUGGACCUUAAUAACAUUUUAUCUCUAUUUGACUUUAAAUGAGAAGGAGUUAAUGCACAGAAAUGAAAUCAUAAUUUGGUCUCUUUGGAAAUGAUCUAAACCAGUUAUUCCUAUACAAAUCUAAGCAAAUUUCUAAAAGUAAUCUCCAAAUCCUAUUGAUGCCAACACCCUAAUAUAUAAAACACCACAUAAUCUCUCUUUUUCAAUUGACAUUUGCAAGGGGUCAUUUAAGACAACAGAUGACUGAAUUAACAGGUUGAUAUCAAUUGAGAAAGGCUAUCUAAUAACUCUCCUGCCAACCUAGCAGUUUGAAAACAUGCAAAAGUGAGUAGAUCAAUAGGUACCACUCCGGCGGGAAGGUAACGGCGCUCCAUGCAGUCAUGCCGGCCACAUGACCUUGGAGGUGUCUACGGACAAUGCCAGCUCUUUGGCUUAGAAAUGGAGAUGAGCACAAACCCCCAGAGUCGGUCACGACUGGACUUAACUUUACCUUUACUAUCUAAUAACUGCAACAGCAUUAGGACGGUUGUCUUUUUGUUGGGUAGGUGAGUUGAGAGUGAAAUAUUGUGUUGUCUAUGGAAAUCAUAGCUUUUGUUAGCAUAAAAUUAACAACUGAGAAGUAGGAGAGGAGAAAGAACGGGCAUUUAGGAGUGAAUUUUUUUAAAAAAAUAUAGCUGUGGAGAAGUGAGAGAGCAGGAAAUGAGUUUGUUUGCAGAAUAAUGCAACUAUUAUAGUUUUAGCGUGAAUUUCCAGCACUUGCAGUGUUGUAUUGUUGGGUUGAACAAAUGCAAAUAAUGUUUGUAUAUUUGUAGAUUUCAAAUUGUAUUGAAAUGCUUUUAAUGUAAGACACUUUGUGUCUCCUUAUGGAAAGAAAAAGCGGAGUAUAAAUAAACGUAAU